UUCCAUAACAUAGGCACGAAAACUAUUCCCUCAAACUCAACACGAGGUUUAGGUUUGCGCCCAUUUUGUUGACUGAUGGAGGCUUUGAAAAUUGUCCCCUUCAUCCUUGUUCAAGAAUUAGUGUUUUUUGUUGUCUUUGCUUCUGACAAACACUCCAUUUCCUCUAAUUCUGCUUUCUUCAAGACGCGAGAUAACACUCGGCUGAAAGGCCAUGUUGUGAAAAAGCUUCCAUCGUCAAGUUUAAUGUCAUGUAGCCAUUGGUGCCUCAGAGACUCUUGGUGCACAUCAGUAAACUUCAUAAAGCCAUCCGAGGAGAACAAGAAAGGAGUUUGUGAACUGAACAAACAUGGAGACAUAGAUGAAAGUUCAAAUCAUGAUGUUGAUUAUCAGAGAGGGGUGACGUUCUCUAUGCUCGUGAAGGAACAUCACCUUCCUUGUGCUGGAGGCCCCACUGGACCUCGAUGUCAAUACGGUAACUCACAUUUUUAG